CUCUCUCUCUCUCUCUCUCUCUCUCCCCCCAACUUCUACCUAACAUCAUUCCCAAACUUUCCUUCAACAAGAAAAACUUUCCCUGCUACUAUUUUCUUCUCCAAUCCCCUUGACAUUAUGGACCCAAUUCAAAUAGAGAAGCUCCAAGCCGUGAAGAGAUACAGGGGGAAGCAACUCCUUCCAACAUUCAUCCAAUACUGUCUAACAGCUGUAAUGCUUGGUCUGUUCCUCUCAAGUCCUCUUUGGCUUCCUUCCAUGUUCUCCUCCAUAAAGAAGUUCUUCUUGGUGUCUCUUCCAAGCAUUGGUGCCAUCAUCUUCAGGCCCAAGUGCUUGUUCAUAAUCUCCAACAUCAUCAUCAUCUUCCUCAUCGGCGAGUCGAAGCUCUUCAAGUCCCCUUCGGAACCUGAUAUCUACGAAGAGUACAUGGCAAGAAGGCAAAGUCUUCAAAGUUUUUACAGUGGUGAAGUUAAGGAGGUGGAAAGUGUGAAGGAGGAGACUGUGAAUAAAGAGAGACUGAAGGAAGAGAUCAUAGAGGAGAGUUUUGUGGACCCCCCAAAUGGAGAAACAAAAGAAGAAGAUGAAGAAGUGGACGAGGAAGAAGAGAAAGGUGGUGGAGUUGAGGAGGAGGAGGAGGAGGUGAUGGAGAAAGAGUGCGAGGAAUUGGAUGAAGAGGAAGAGAUGGGCUUGCCUGCAGAGGAAGAGGAGAAAGGUGGUGGAGUGAGGAGGAGGAGGAGGAGGAGGUGAUGGAGAAAGAGUGUGAGGAGUUGGAUGAAGAGGAAGAGAUGGGCUUGCCUGCAGAGGAACUGAACAGAAGGGUGGAAGACUUUAUUGCAAAGAUCAACAUGCAGAGGAGGCUUGAAGCAAGAAUGCUAGCUUGUUAUGGUUGAGGAAGGAGGAAGAGAGAUAUAGCAUUAGUAGUACAAACAGAUAGAGAACAAGGUGUAUAACUCCAGCCACAUUGAACAAACAGCCCCUGAUCCUAUUAAUUUCAAUGGCAUUUCAGAAAAAGAUAUGGGGGGUUUUUUAUGCUCCUUAUUUUGCUGCUGUAGUUUUUUUAACAGACAAAAUGAACCCUAGAAAUAUAAGGGCUUUGCAUAAGAUUGCAAAUUGAU